GGGUCUGGGCGCGCGCAUGCGCUUUCUGGAGAUAGUUGCGCGGGAAAGACAAAAACAUGGCAAUGGGCGCGAACCGGAGACACUAACGGCCCCGGCGCGGAAACGGCAACGGAGCCGGUGCGGCUGGGACAGGGGACCGUCUUCUGCGAUUAUUUGUUUUAAUUCCUCAUCCAUGGGAUUUUGUGUUUGAGUGGAAGAUGGAGGAUGUUGAGUCACGAUUUGCACAUCUUCUUCAGCCAAUUAGAGAACUCACAAAGAACUGGGAAAUUGAUGUGGCAUCUCAACUGGAGGAGUAUUUAGAAGAGUUGGACCAAAUCUGCAUUUCCUUUGAUGAUGGAAAAACAACAAUGAACUUUGCAGAGGCUGCAAUGUUGAUCCAGGGAUCAGCAUGUAUUUACAGCAGGAAGGUAGAAUAUCUGUAUUCUUUGGUGUACCAAGCAUUGGACCUCAUCUCCAAUAAAAAGCGGAAUCAAAAGGCAACAUCUAUUGGGGUGGAUGGUGCAGAUAACGACCUGUCCUUGGAUAAUCAGAAGGCCGAAUGGGAAUUUUUGUCUCUUGAUGACAUAGAGUGUCCAACAAAAAACAGCAUUAAUUUGCAGAAGGAUGCCUGUUCUACUGUUGUGAACAUUAUUCCACUAACGCCAAUGGCACUGAUACCAUCAGAAGAAUUGGAAAAAAAGAACAAUCCGCUGCUUAGCCGACGAGGAGAAAUCUUGGGCAGCCGCAAGGAUUUCCGAAUGAACACUUGCACUCCUCAUGCCAGUGGUGCUUUUAUGUUGGAGUUGAACAACGCAUCACCAAUGAACUAUUUGAAUAGGCAAGAGAACAUUGCAGAGCACAAUAAGAAUGGCCUGCAGGAUGUUGCACAAGACAUGGUGAUAGAGAAUAGCGACUGUGGCGCUCCUGUUCCUGUACUGCACUUUUCAGAUGCGGGAAGUGAUGAUGGUGGUGAUGUUGAUGAUUGCUUUCUUCCACCGUUGCCAGAGCAAAACAUGGAUCAGGAACAUGUGGCACAUCUGAAGGGUGUACCUGAAGCACGCAGGUACAUGCUCCGUGAGAAACAGGUGAUGGAGAUCGACCCAACAAACAGGAAGCAGGAAGUGCUUGAUCCCUGGAGGAGCUUGGACCCUUUUGAAGCAACACAGGACAAGCCGUUCAAGAAAGGAAGGCAUUUUUUCAUUCCAUCAUGUAUCAAUGUCAUAGGAAGCAAACGGAAACGGAAAAACUUCGGAAAAUUGAAAGAGUUUGGGAAAUGGUUUUGUGCAACAUAUUAUGGUGGUCAGAGUGAUGUGAAGAGCAAAAGGAAAGGACCAAUGUUCGCAGAUAUGGAAGUUCUGUACUGGAAACACAUGAAGGAAAGACUUGGUGCACAAAGGAAGUAUCAGCAGAGGAUGAUUGCUCUACGUGGGCGGGUAAUAGAAGAGUUAGAAAUUGAAGCAGGGGAUGUGGAAGAAGAAUUAAAUGACUUGCAGGAUCAAGCCGAAGACCAUCUGGAUUACGAGGGAAUAGAAGAUGACAUUGAUUUGGAUCAUGAAGCGAUUGGACCUCAGGAUAACCACAGCCCUAUGAAUCUGGAUCUUCUUGGAGAAUCUGGAGGCGUGAGUUAUGAAGAGCUUGUCAGAAGGAACGUGGAACUGUUUAUUGCUAACUCCCAGCAGUAUGCUCAAGAAACAGCUCUGUCCCUCCGUGUAAAGGACUGGGAGGAUAAGAUUGGUCCACGAUUAGUGAAAGAAGAGGAGAGAGCUGGAUUUGCUAUCCAUGAUUAUGGGGAUAGAAUUGUGGAUGCAUUUGAUUACAUUAAACAAAGACUUUCGUUUGCAAAUAUAGUGGCUGGGAAGGAGUCGUUUGAGGUGUGUCGAUACAUGCUGGCAUCGCUACAGUUGGCUAAUGAUUACACAGUGGAAAUAUGGGAAAGAGAUGGAUUGUAUGAGUCAGUUGACACAAUGGAACUCACCUUGCUGAGCAAAGAAAGAGCUCAUGAUCGAUUCCGCACCUACAUGGCUCCAUCCCUUUCCAACAAAUGAGAAAGCACGCAGACCUGCCUGUAUCAUUUGCAUCCUUAAAGCUAGAAACUCAUCUUCUUAUUGCUGAUAGCCAUACAUGGAGAAGGCUGUGCUGUUUCUAUUUGAUUUAUACAACUAAUGUUAAUCGCUAAUGAACAAGUUGUCAGGGUCUUUAUUUUGAUGGAAACCUCCCUUUACAACUCGCUAAACUCCCAACAAAACAAUUUGUACAUUGUGACUUUGAAAAGAUAAUUGUGUAAUUUAUGUUGAUAUUUUGCUAUGUAAUCCCAGACUGUUUUAAAUGGGCUGUGUAUGGGACAUGUACAUUAUCAAUGCAUCAAGUAUCUGCAUCAUGUAUAGUACUUUUUUUUUAAAGAAACCACUUACAGUAUCUGUUUGCUCGUAAAUUUUGUCUUGAACUGAAGACUUCUAGCUUGCUCAUUAAAUUAUUUCCAAUGCCAUAA